AUGGAGUGGAGUGCAACAUUGAUGGAGUGCAACACAGAUGUAGUUAUGUACAACACAGAUGGAGUGGAGUGCAGCAUAGAUGGAGUGGAGUACAAAACAAAUGGAGUGGAGUGCAACAUAGAUGGAGUGGAGUGCAACACAGCUGGAGUGGAGUGCAACACAGCUGGAGUGGAGUGCAACACAGCUGGAGUGGAGUGCAACACAGAUGGAGUGGAGUGCAACACAGAUGGAGUGGAGUGCAACACAGAUGGAGUGGAGUGCAACACAGAUGGAGUGGAGUGCAACACUGAUGGAGUGGAGUGCAACACAGAUGGAGUGGAGUGCAACACAGAUGGAGUGGAGUGCAACACAGAUGGAGUGGAGUGCAACACUGAUGGAGUGGAGUGCAACACAGAUGGAGUGGAGUGCAACACAGAUGAAGUGGAGUGCAACAUAGAUGGAGUGGAGUGCAACACAGAUGAAGUGGAGUGCAACAUAGAUGGAGUGGAGUGCAACACAGAUGAAGUGGAGUGCAACAUAGAUGGAUGCAGCAGACACUGA